CUCUCUGCUGGCAGAGGCACGAGGUUCCCUAGAAGAUGGGCGACUGGGGUUUCCUGGAGAAACUGCUGGACCAAGUCCAGGAGCACUCGACUGUGAUCGGGAAGAUCUGGCUCACUGUGCUCUUCAUCUUCCGCAUCCUCAUCCUGGGCUUGGCCGGGGAGUCUGUCUGGGGGGACGAGCAGUCGGAUUUUGUGUGCAACACCAAGCAGCCAGGCUGCACCAAUGUCUGCUAUGACAAAGCCUUCCCCAUCUCCCACAUCCGUUACUGGGUGCUCCAGUUCCUCUUUGUCAGCACCCCAACCCUGAUUUACCUUGGCCACGUUGUCUAUCUCUCCCGGAAGGAGGAGAAGCUAAAGCAACAGGAGAGCGAGCUUCGGGCUAUCCACAGCAAGGACCCGAAGAUUGAGGAGGCCCUGGCAGCUGUGGAGAAGAAGAUGUCCAAGAUCUAUGUGACAGAGGACGGGCGGCUCAAGAUCCGAGGGGCGCUGAUGUGGACAUACAUCAUCAGCGUGAUCUGCAAGAGCAUCUUUGAGGCUGGCUUCCUUGUUGGCCAGUGGUACCUGUACGGCUUCUCCAUGGUGCCCCGCUAUGUGUGCAAGAGGGACCCCUGCCCCCAUCAGGUGGACUGCUUCAUCUCUCGCCCUACCGAGAAGAGCAUCUUCAUCAUCUUCAUGCUGGUGAUGGGCCUGAUCUCCUUAAUCCUGAACCUCCUGGAGCUUUUCCACCUCUGCUGCAAGAACCUGCUUAGCAACAUCAAGAAGGUGUCGGUGCCGACCAGCCCAAGCAGGGACACCUUUGCCGAGGACAUGGUCUCAGGUCCCUACCCGCCCAAGCACUACCCCUUCCUGCCCAUGGCCGAGAGCCACAUGCCGCCCUACCAGGCCUACAACAAGCUCUCCAGCGAGCAGAACUGGGCCAACUUCCACAACGAGGAGAACCUGGCGCUGGGCAGAGGCAGCAGGCCCCUGUCAGACCCCUAC